AUGUCAGUUGAAAACUCGAUGAUACCAUCAUCUGUACCAGAGCAACUAAAAAAUUUGACUCAAAUUGAGGAAAUGUUGAUUGCUCGUGCUCUACCAAUAAUGAGAGUAUAUAUUAAACCUGGUGUUCAACGAGGUUUUUCAGGGCAUUGUAUUAACCUGCCUCAAAAUGUCAGAGAACUUGCAACAUCUUUGCCCAGAUAUCCCAAAGAUCUGACUGUAAUUAUACUCAAAAUGAAAGGUAGAGAAAACACAUUUAGAGAUGUGAUUGUGCGAAAGCAGAAAGUAAACAGUGCUUUACUCUGGUUAAUUAAUAAUAAUCCCCAUUAUUCUGACUUGACAAUAAAUGAAGAUGCAUUAAAUACUUUACCAGAAAAUGGUGUUCCUGCUAAUCUCAUGUCUAUUGAGACUGAAGAUGAUAUUGUAUCAGAUAGUGAUUCUCCUGCUGCUGCAGGUCCUCCCACUGACAAUCCUUUUGAGGAUAUUGUUUAUAAUGACUCAACUGAAAUGAGUAGUUUUUUACCUGUUGGUGAACAACAACAGCAGGAAAUAGAAGCUGUUCGAAAUCAGCUUUCAGAAAAUGAACCAAUGUCUUGGCCGUCACUUGAGAAUGAACCUCUGAAUGAAUAUCAGAUUUCUCAUCUUGCCACAAUGGCUUUCCCAACAUUAUUCCCUGAUGGUAAAGGGGAUCCUACUAACCAAGGUCUUCUGAGAGAUGUCCCUCUACAAGAACGGAUUAAGCAUCUUUUAAAAUUUGCUGAAUGUAUUGAUGGUAAAUGGGUUUACCGGUUCGCCAGCCAUCCCAGAUUUUCAUAUUGGGCUUUCAAUAUGAUUCAAAGAAAACGUAUUCUUCAGCAAAGUGGAAUUUUCCUCAAACAAAAUCCAGGUGAAGCACAUCUUACCAUUGAUGAACUACGGGAAAUGGCUGACAGUAACAAUGCCAAUUUAUUUAUGUCCAAAAUAUCUAGAUAUGUCGGCAAUAUUGCUGGUACUAAUACAUAUUGGAAUAGAGUAAGAGAUGAGCUGAAAGCUAUUAUAACCAAUGUUGGAGCACCAACAUUGUUUUUUACUUUUUCCUCUGCUGACAUGCAUUGGCCAGAGCUCCAUGCUUUAUUUAAUGCAGGAGGAAACGAAAAUCAAAAUGAUAACCAAACCAGCGGGACAAGGCGACAAAAUGUUAUUAACAAUCCUCAUAUUGUUGAUUGGUUUUUCACCCAAAGAUUAGAAAGCUUUGUGAAACACUGGCUUUAUGAUACACUUGGUGCAAAAUGGCACUGGUUUAGGUACGAAUACCAAGGUAGAGGUAGUAUUCUUUGUCAUGGUACUGCCAAACUAAAUAAUGACCCAGGAUUGUGUCAGCUGACUCAGAUUGCUUUGAAAGGAUUCUUAGCACAGAAAGUGAAAGAUGAAAAUGAUCUUUCUGACACAGUUGAACUUGACCAAGAUAUUGAAGCCGGUCAUCAAGCUGCCAACACUGUAUGUCAAUAUGUUGAUUGGUUGCUUUCAACUGGCAAUCCAAAUCCACCAGAUGACAACAUGUGGAUCAGACCUGAAGUUCAUCCAUGUCAACAACAACAUUCGGAUAUUUCCGAACAUGAUAAACAGUCAGACUAUGUUGAUCUGCUAAACAUGGUACAACGACACACUCGUUGUAGCACAGGUUAUUGCCUUAGAAAAAAGUCAAACGAAUCUGAAUUGAAAUGUAGAUUUCAUUUUCCUUUCGAACAUUGUCCUCAGACAAAACUAGAGUUUGAAAAUGUUCAUACUUCAGGUGAUAGUGAACAUUAUCGAGCCAAAAUAGUUACUAAGAGAAAUGACUCCAGAGUUAACAAUCACCAACAAAUUCAACUGCAAGGUUGGAGAGCUAAUUGCGAUAUACAAGUUGCAAUUGAUCAUUAUGCUUGUGUUGAGUAUUUAACCAAGUAUGCCGCUAAAGAUGAACCAAGAUCUUCUGUAUUGAAACAAGCAUUUAAUUCAAUAAUGCGAAAUAUUGACAAUAACACUGACCCACAUAGAGCAAUAAAGAAAGUAGUAAUGAAAUCUCUUGGUGAAAGAGAUUAUGCUGCCCAGGAGACAACGCAUCAUUUAAUGUCUCUCAAACUUCACAGUUCAUCAUUCAAAGUUAUACCAGUUAGUCUGAACGGCUCACGCAGAGUGCGUGAUAUCUCAUGUAUUGACGAAGGUGAAUCAUGUACUGAUUAUUCACUAUUAGAUGUGUAUGCUAACCGUGAGCAAUAUAGUACCUCACCUGAAGUAAUAAAUAUGAACUUUGUUCAGUUUGCUACAACUUAUAAAGUUGUUAAAGAUAAAUUAACUAAGUUACCUGAGAAUGUUAUACCAAGAAUAUUUCCGACAUAUUCUCCUAAUCCAAAGGGACCGAAUUUUGCCUCUUAUUGCAAGUAUCAACUUCUAAGGUACAAGCCUUGGAAAUUAUCUCAAAAUAAUGCAUGGGGUGACCAAGAGCCAUCCGAUGAGAUUUUUAUCAAUUCUUGGCAUGAGUUUUUACAAAUACCAUAUGGACAAGCGAAUGUCCCUGAUUGGUUUGAUAAGCUACAAGCUGUGGUUCAAAGUCAAGAAACAGACGAUGAACCUGCUGUAGAGCAGGAAGUAACUCGAGAGGAGUGGAUGAUAUUAUCUGACCUCAAUACUCCAUUUGAAAACUCAGAGCAAUUACCUGGGUUGACACAUGACUGGCAUGGUGACAGAGAAUGUUAUUCCGAUCAACAAAUUCAUGAAAUGCCAACAUGGAUAAAAACAAACAAAGAGGAAUUCACUGUUGACGAGCAAUACGAAGACGUUGACAUCACCAGUUUCAGUGACAUGCAAAACUUAGCUUAUCAUAUUGUUCAGUCUCAUUUUGACGAAAUUUCUUUGAAGAAAGAGCCAUUGUGCCUAAUUAUUAAUGGAGUUGCUGGCACUGGUAAGAGUUAUCUUAUUAAUGCAAUACGAAACUUAUUGCAAAACAAAUGUGCUGUAACUGCUACAACAGGUAAAGCUGCUUAUAAUAUUAAAGGUGUGACAAUACAUUCUUUAUUAAAACUACCUAUUGGUUCAAGAGGCGCCAAAGAUCUCACUGGUCAAAGCUUAUGUAGAUUACAGCAAAAUCUUAAAGAUAUUAAUUACAUCAUUAUUGAUGAAUAUUCAAUGCUUGGCCAAGUUACUUUCGGCUGGAUAGACAAACGAUGUAAACAAGCCACUGGCUGUCAUGAUAAAGUAUUUGGUGAAAAAUCAUUAAUUUUGACUGGAGAUCCUGGUCAACUACCACCUGUGGCUGAUAAACCUUUGUAUCAUGCUAAACCAUCCAAUGCUGUGGGUGAGCAAGGACAUCAAGCUUACAGAAUGUUCGAUAAAGUCAUUAAACUCACUGUGAAUCAAAGAGUGCAAGGUAUGACAUCUGAUCAAGUGUUGUUCAGAGAUUUAUUAUUGCGCCUUCGAAAAGGUGAAUCAACAUUAGAUGAUUGGAAAUUACUUCUUACACGUCAACCAUCAAGUGUCAGUAAUUUAUCAGAAUUUGAUGAUGCAACUAGACUUUUCUAUAGUAAUGAACAAGUUGCUAAUUACAAUCAUGAACAGCUAA